UUUUAUUAGAACUAUGCACGCACAUCCAUCAACGACUAUAUAAAAAGAUUUUUUUAAAGGAACGUGAGAAGUUAGUCAGUACCAACGAAAUAAUAUUCUUUCUCAAAAAGUGAAUAAUAAUGAAAAUGUAUUUUGCAUUUUCAGUUUCGAUAUUGUGCGCUCUAUUACUUCCAUAUUACGUUGAAGCAACAGAACUAAAAAUAAAAGGUUGUAACAUAGAAAACUUAGCUCCAGGACAAUUAUCAUUAGACGAAUUAAAUGUAUCCGAUAAAGGAAUAACGAAUUCAAAAUUGACUUUUAAUUCUGAACUGAGUCCGAGUACUGUAGCGGUGCACGUGAUAAUAAACGAUGAAGAUGGCAAUUCAAUGAUGGAACAAAAUGUUGAUUUAUGUAGUAUGAGUUCGAGCGACAUAUUCAAAGGUUAUUUCUUAUCGUUCGAUAACCCUGAUUUUAAUGAAGGAAAUUGUCCAAUACCUGCUGGUACUUAUGGGUCAGGUCAAUUUGAUGUGGAAAUUGAUGAUCCACCUGAAGGAGAAUAUUCGGUUAUUUUCGAAAUAUUAGAUGGGCCAAGUAUGAUAUUCCGUGUACAAUGUAAUGUUGAAAUCGCUUAGUGUAAAAUAUAUAAUUAUUACUUGUAGAAAAUAAUGCAUAAUAACAUUUCAGCUAUAUUAUUAUAGCACGCUUCAUUUUUAAUUAUGUAAUUAUUUACUUA